ACUGAGAUUGUUCAUAAAAUAAUAACAGAUGCUUUUGGUAUCAAUAUCUUGCGAGUAUGCAAGAAUAAGUCUAAUAUUGCUUGCCAGCUACAUAUUUUUAUAUACAAUUUCCUUGCUACUAAGAUUGAGUUCUACGAUAACGACCUGACGUAAAUCAUCUCGUUCAGGUGAAGCCAUGAUAUCAACCAUGAGGACCUUCCUGGUAUUUGUCUCUCGUUUUCUUAGAUAAAAGUAGAUAAAAUUAGAUGAGUAAGUGACAGCCUGUCCAAUGCGAGUCCUUGAGUCCAGUAUCCCAUCUCAGUACAGCAUGGGGAAAAAGAAGCACAAGUUGCGCAAGGCUAGUCACGAGAAUGAAUUCAACACAAGUGAAGAUGAUGAGGCAGCUGCUGUAGCAGCAGCAAAAAAUUGCAGACACAUUAAUAAGUCUGUGAACUUAGCAGCUGUCAGGAAGGGUUUGAGACAGGGUGGACCUAUUGGGGACUGCUUGGCUUGUAGUAAAGAUGGCGCCAACAGCAAGAAUCAGACAGGUGGGAGUAAUGCCUCCUCUGGGGCUGCAGCCGUGCCAGAUCCAGAUCCAGAUGACAUGCUAGAUGAAUUAGAAACAACUAUCUGGGUUUGCUUACAAUGUGGAAAUCAGGGUUGUGAUCGCAAUUCCAAGCACCAGCAUGCUUUGAAGCACUAUCAGGCCCCACGCUCUGUGUCCCACUCUAUGGUAGUUAAUCUAACCACUUGGCUAGUGUGGUGUUAUGAGUGUGAUGAUGAGGUGGAUCUUGCCAUCAGUAAGAAGCUAGAGGAAUGUGUGGAGUUUGUCAGGAAGCAAGCUGGGAUGCCAAAACCAGAGCAGCCAGCAUCAGCAGCUGUAAAGAAAGUUGCAGCAGAAGAGGAGGCAGUUUCCCAAGAUAACAAAAACCAGCAGAGCAACAAGGUGAAGGGGGCGACCAGCACCACACAGGCUCCUUCCUCUUUAUUACCAGGCAAGGUCAAGGGCCUCAGUAACCUUGGCAACACCUGUUUCUUCAAUGCUGUGAUGCAGAACCUGAGCCAGACCUAUGCUCUGGAGGAGAUCCUAAAUGAGAACAGUAAGAAGGGACUAAGUGUCCACAUAGCCUCCAAUGCUGAUGCAGAUGUGAGCUCCAGUGACCAGUCCAGUGAGGAGGACAGCGAUACGGAGGAAAAACUCCAGCCUAGGAUCAGAGUUGAGCCUCUGUCAGUGGAGCUACCUGAGGCUGGAUCUCUGACCCUCUCCAUGCUGUCUUUUCUCAAAGACAUGAACUCAGCCACCAAGAAUAAUGUGAUCAGCCCAAGCUACCUCUUUGGACAAGUGUGUAAAAAAGCUCCCAGAUUUAAAGGGUUUCAGCAACAAGACAGUCAUGAACUACUGCGCCAUCUGCUGGAUGGAAUGAAAACAGAAGAAAUCAAGAGGGUGCAGUCUGCAAUUUUACAGAAGAUGAACAUCAACCCCAAGAAGUGUGAUGAAGACACUAAAGCUAAACUGAAAGUUUAUGGACAGUAUACCAAGCAAACAUUUGUGGACAGUGUGUUUGGGGGACUUCUGCUGAGUACUGUCACAUGUGAGGAAUGCAACAUGUCUUCCCAGAUAUUUGAGCCUUUCCUUGACCUUUCCUUACCAAUAGCUGAAGAAAAGCCCAGUCGCCCAAAUAGCCUGAGCAGUUGCUUUGGUUCAAAGAAGAAGCCUGAUCAAGGGUUGCAUGUGAGCAAAAAGGAAGAAGACAGCCAGGAACAGCCUCUGAAUGCUGUGGAUGGAUUUGCCAGGAACACCAGCAAACACAUGUCUAAGAAACAGAGGAAACAACAAAAGAAAAUGAGUAAACUAAAGAAGAACAAGGUACAGCCCCAGUGUGUCUUACAGGAAGAUGCUGCUGGUGGUGGUGAUGGAGGUGGUGGGGGUGGGGAGCAUGAUGUGGUUAAUGGGGCCAUGGAGAUCGAGGAGAAUGAGAGUAAAGAUGGGGAGGUGGAAGAUAAGGAAGAACUGACUGUAGAAAAUGGAAAAGAACUGCAAGAGGAGUCUCAGAGCACUGAGGAAAAUUCAGAUGCAGACAUAGAGGACAACCUAGAAACAGCAAGUGACACCUCGAGAAAUAAGUUCAAACUACUUGAAAUGCCAGAGACUGUACCAGUGGGUGACAGAGUGGAGGAAGAAGAAGAGGUUCAACACACAAACACUGAGAACACACAGCAUCUAAGCGACGAGCAAGCUGAUCUUGGUGGUCACAGCAAAGAGAAGAUGUUAAUAGUAGGGGGAGCUUCAGAUGGACUGUGUGCAAGCACAGCAUCUACUGCAGAAGAUGUGGAUCCUUCUUUAAACUCUGAAGAAAGGACUAAAGAAAAUGUGGUUCAUAUAAAACAAAAUGGAACUAAUACUUGUCAGCAGGUUGAGGAAAGUGCUAGCAUUAAGGAAAAUGUAACUGACCUGGAUAAUAUUACUGCAUCUCUAGCUCAAGUGCAAUUAGAAGAAGCACCUGUUUCUCAGGUUAAAUCUGAUGAUAAUGCCUUAAAAACAGAUUCUAAACCUGAUGAGAAGGACCAAGAGAAAGUUGCCGAGGAUAUGAGCACCUGUCCUGAGCAGACCUCAGAAAAUGGUCAGAAUUCUUCGGUUAAAUCUGUAAAAAGCUUGUCAGAUAACUCUUUAGUAAAUGGUCAGGUGUUACCUCUUGAAACCAACAAGUUUUCUUCCGAUUCCCAGAACUCUUCUCCAAGACACAAUAACUCUAGUGCACAGACACUGCAAAGCAAAUCCAAGGUGCCAAAGUCAAGAGACCAGAUGAAAAGAGAGUGUGUAAAACGCUCUACGUAUUCCCUCUCACCAAGGUAUAAGCCUACUCCCUAUGAGUGCUCCGUUUUGUCUUGCUUGAACCAGUUCACCACCAUGGAGUUAUUAACGGGCAAUAACAAGUUUGGUUGUGAAUUCUGCUCAAAGAGAAACCGCAAAGCAGGAGGCAAGAAAGGGACUACUUACACCAGUGCAAGUAAACAGUUACAAAUCUACAGCCCACCAGCUGUGCUGACCCUUCAGCUCAAAAGGUUUCAACAGGUGGGUUACACUCUCAGGAAGGUCAGUCGCCAUGUAGACUUCCCCUUGAUCUUGGAUCUGGCUCCAUUUUGUUCUUCAAUGUGCCAGAGAGUUCAGCCUGGUAAGAAGAAGAUCCUGUAUGCCCUCUAUGGAGUGGUAGAGCACAGUGGUCGUCUGACUGGAGGACAUUACACUGCAUUUGUGAAAGUCCGCCCCAAUGCCAAUGGAAGGUUGAAGGAGUUCCUGCAGACCAAUGGCAUCACAGCCAAACUUCCCAUUAGAGAUUUAUCAGAGGAUGAGGAUGAGGAGGCUAAGAUGGAGGAGGGAGAACCCAAACCACCUCCAGGACGUUGGUUCUACGUUAGUGACAGCAGAGUCAGUGAGGCAGCAGAAUCCAAUGUUUUACGGGCUCAGGCUUAUCUUCUAUUUUAUGAAAGAAUAUUUUGAUUGAGACUAUGUAAUUGUUUGUAAGAGGAGACAUAUUUGAUGCUGUAAUUGUGGUCAAGUGUAUUUUGGUGGCAGUUGCAUGUUUUUUGAGAGAUUGUGUGAUUUUAUGAUUUGUUGAUAAUCUAGAGAUAUUGGUUGAAAUAUGUAGUCUUGCUCCCAGAGAAAAUUGUGUCAUUUGCCUUUGAUAUUAUGUCAACCAUGAAGAAUUCACAUGGCUGUGAAGAUACUAACUAGAUAUUUGAUAAGAUACUGACUUUAAAAAAUAACAAGCUCUUUGUUUGUCAUUGAGAAUCAUGUUGAAUGCCCUUUAGUGCAAUGAUAUGUUUCUUGCUUUGCUUCUAUCACUGUUUAAACAUCAUGAAAAUCUUGGAUGUCAAAGUGGACUCUGCAGUGUUUUGUGUAGUUAGCUAGCUGCUCCAUAUCUGACAUCAUUUUCCAUGGGGUCCCCAUUCCAGUCUAGAGCUGACACUGACUUGUUUUCCUUCACCACCCAGGGCCCUGGCAGUGUCAGCUACCUUGCAUUUCACAACUACUACAGCAUGCUUAUAAAGGUAUCAGUCAACAGUUUGCAUGAUAUUUCUUACUUACUUAUCCUCUUCAAGCCAUGGUUGGCUUUUAAGGCUUGUCAGCAUCCUCCGCCAUCUUCCUCUGUCUUUUGCUGCUGUGCAGGCUUCACUCCAUGUCUGCCAUCCCAAUUCUUUUCGCUCAUCUUCAGCACUACUACAUUUUGUUUGUGGCCAACCUCUCUUUCUCUUUCCUCUGAGGACAUGUCAGGGCUAAUUUGGAGUUGUCGUUCUGUGGUUUCCUUUAAGUAUGUCCUAUCCAUCUCCAUCUCUGUUUGAAUGAUCUAAUGCUGUCAAAAAUUCUUCAAACUGCCUUAAAAAGUAUCAUUUCAUUUUUGUAGUUUUUAGAAUUCCAAUUAUAUAAAUAUAAAAGCAAGUGAAAUGAACGAGCUAUAAAACUUGUAUAAACUGCAAUGUUGGUCAGAACUUACAAUUCAUUAAAUGCCAUGCAAAUUUGACAUGACAAUUUUACUAUUUUUGGAUUUAAAUUGGCAUGACUGAAGCUAAUUUGAUGUCAAUGCUGGUAAAUUUGUUUUACUAAUAAAUCUGACCCCAUAAGGGUGUUCUGCUCACCCCCCCCCUUCAAUGAAGGGUGUGGUUUAUUACACCAUUUUUCCACCUCUGACUGAGGUUUGAUUAGUUUUUAAAAAAUCGUCAUAAAAAAAAGAAAACAUAGUUCCAUUUUUGUACCACUUGUCUCUUGAAGGAGGUAUUGCUUUUACCUUAUCUGUUUGGUUAUUGUGUUUGAGACCACUUUUAUUUGGUUUGAAGUUUCAGUAUAACCAUAGAGCAUUAUGGGAAUAAGUAAUUUUUCAAAUUGGUCUAAGUAACUAUUGGUACUACCUUUAAUGUUUCACCUAGCUAUUUAAUUAUUGCAAAUGUAUUGAAUUUUAUAUUGUUUAUGAAUUUAAAAGAUUAAAAGAGGCCUUAAUUAAGUUGUUAAUUGUACAAAAAAGUUCUGUGUUUAUAUAAUUAGCAGUAUAUAUUGUUGUCACUGUGGUAUUUUCACAUGCAGAUUAGUAUUGUGUUAAGAAAGUAAUCGUGUAAGUUUUGAUUAAUAUAGUGAAUGGGUACUUAAAUUAUAAUCUUUUGAUCACCCUAGUCUUAGAAAAAUAUAUUUGUCACAUGAGUCCACACAACAUUUUAGGAUGUCUGAAAUUCAGAUGUUACAUAGGACAGAAUAUGCUGUAAAUGUGCAAUACUAGUUUGUAUUCUCAUAUGGUUUCUUCAGAUAUAAAGCCUUCAGUUUUGAUUCUUUAUGUAAAUAAAGUGGGGUUGAAAAUGAA